GGCGGCCGCAGAAGAGGAGGAGACCGGCGGGCCCGGGAGGAGAGGCGCGGAGGGGAGCGGAGCUAUGCCAUACCCGGGGUAUCGCUGAGGCGGGGCGGGCCAGGCCAGAGGCGGGGGCUCUCCGGCCGCGGGCGCUCUCCGGCGGCGGGCGCGCAGGGGCCCGGCUCCCGAGGCGGCGGCAGGCAGCAUCUCGGCGCGGGGAGCGGCUCCACAGCCACCGGGCCAAUGAACAUGUCAGUGUUGACUUUGCAGGAAUACGAAUUCGAGAAGCAGUUCAACGAGCAUGCGGCCAUCCAGUGGAUGCAGGAAAACUGGAAAAAAUCAUUCCUGUUUUCAGCUCUGUAUGCUGCCUUUAUAUUUGGUGGUCGGCACCUAAUGAACAAACGAGCAAAAUUUGAACUGAGGAAGCCGCUAGUGCUCUGGUCUUUGAGCCUCGCCGUCUUCAGUAUAUUUGGUGCUGUUCGAACUGGUGCUUAUAUGCUGUACAUUUUGAUGACCAAAGGCCUGAAGCAGUCAGUGUGUGACCAGAGUUUUUACAUUGGACCUGUCAGCAAAUUCUGGGCAUAUGCAUUUGUGCUAAGCAAAGCACCUGAACUAGGUGAUACAAUAUUCAUUAUUCUUAGGAAGCAGAAGCUCAUCUUCUUACACUGGUACCAUCACAUUACUGUGUUACUUUACUCUUGGUACUCCUACAAGGACAUGGUGGCUGGCGGUGGCUGGUUCAUGACCAUGAACUACGGAGUACACGCUGUCAUGUACUCGUACUAUGCCUUGCGGGCUGCUGGCUUCAGAGUCUCACGCAAGUUUGCCAUGUUCAUUACCCUGUCGCAGAUCACUCAGAUGUUGAUCGGUUGCGUGAUCAAUUACCUGGUCUUCUCCUGGAUGCAGCAGGGCCAGUGCCAUUCCCACGUGCAGAACAUCAUCUGGUCCUCUCUCAUGUACCUCAGCUACUUUGUGCUCUUUUGCCAUUUUUUCUUUGAGGCCUAUAUCGGCAAAACCAGAAAAGAAAGAAAGGUUGACUAGUGGUAGAAAGGGGAAGCCAUAGCUCAGGGUCAUUAAGAAAAACAAAAUUAUAAGAAAAAGAAAAGGCACAAGGAAACACAUAUAUGUAUGGUGCAGCUAAAACUUGGCAGCUUAGGGAAAGUUAGCAUGGUUUAACCCAGUAAGUUUAUGAUCCUAUCAUGGUGAGGACUCACUGAAUUCUACUCUAUCUCAAAGGACUGCUGAUGAAAGACAACUUCCUUCUUGUACCUCUCUGCUCUAGAAAAGGAGAAAAGAAAAGAAAAAUCAAGAAAAAAGGAAAGAAAAAGGAAGAAAAGAGAAAUGGAAUAAUGUUAAGGGGAGAGUAAAAAGUACAUUAAUAAGCAGUGUGUUUCCCCAAAGUGGAGAGACUUCUAUUUUUAAAAAGAAAAAAGGUUUCUAAAUCCUUUCUAAUAUUUUCUCUGCAUUAAAAAAAAAAAAAAAAAAAAAAAAA